UUUACGCUCGUGUACGCGAACGAAAUGUUUCACGAGCAAAUGGAAUUUGCUGUCAAAAUGACGGGUAGGUUGACCUGUCACGUUGUUGGUUAUUACUUCUGGUCGAAUCGCGGAUCUUCGUCGUCGCGGUGGGUGCAACUUCAGCGCGGAAACUCGUUAGCAGGAAGCACGCGAGACUGCUUACACGUUCCGAAUGCAAAUUCACCGGCGACAAGAAAUUUUCUCCAAUUUAAACCUCCUCGCAAUCUAAGAAACCUUCGGAACGAAUCAUCACGGUCCAGUGAACUCGCAGCUGCGUUCCUGAAAGAAGGAUACAAAAUGAUAAAUUAUAGGACAAUGCUUGGUCGCCGUUUGCGCGCUGAUACGGAUAAACCACGACCUCCCGCACAAUUGUUUCAGGAAGAACGGAAACCUUGCACGAUUGUUGUAAUUCAAAAUAAUUAUUUCAAGAGACGUUGUAGCCUGUGGCAAUAUUUGCUAGCAAGACGGCGGCAAUACGCUUAUCACGAUUGAAAGUAACAAAGAGAAACAUCAACGGUGAU